AUGCACCCCUUUGCGUCUUAUGUCCUCCGAGCAUACUACCGGGCCACUGGCUGGAAUGAAGAUAAUCUAUACUCCAACCUAACACGUUCUUCAAAUGCCAUAUUGGACUUCAAUGUCCCUCGGGGACUGCAUUUCUCGGUCUCGAAGUCGCCCAAUGCGCUUUUUAAGACGUCGUACUCUAUGAACGCACUCCCAUCUUUGAACGGCUCCGUCGGGUAUAUAUUCACGUCCUGCGACUUGGAUAUCAAGAAUUCCGGCGAGGUCCGCUUCAAGGACAUGGUCGACCGGUUCAAGGUCUAUGACCAGCCCCGGAGGCCGGAAGGGAAGGAGGAAGUAUGGCUCGCAGGCGAGAGGGUUGACACGCGAGCAGAUUACUUGCUUUACGGCCGCUUCUAUCUACCGGCCGGAAGAUUGGAUGCGCUGUAUUCCACGCGGAUAUCACCUACGCUUCAAGCACUUGUCGCCGCUAUCUCAGAUCCGCCGUCCGCGAAACCGUCAAACAACAAUGUCAUGUUCAGCCUUCAGCAUGAUGUAGGUAAAUGGUGCACGGAAUAUUCCUGGAGCGCCGAAGACAGCAUGUGGGGAGUCCGUGUCCUUCAUAAUUUCGGGAAGAGGUCAUCACCUUCCGAAUACACCGAAGAUGGAGAGAGGGGUCAGCACGGGGAACAGCCGGGUCGUAAAGGUCUCAAGCGUAUCGAUGAGGAAGAAGCAAUGGAAGGUGGCCUCAAGGGACGCUUUUCUGCCGGUGCAGAACUGUAUUUCAGUGCAAAAGAGAAGAGUGCUGGAGUCUCUACUGGUAUACGAUUCACCACCCUACCGGACGCUACUCCGCCAUCCUUCCAACUACCACAAUCCGACUCACCUUCGUCGUCAAACAUCCGAGCACCACCUUCUCAACCUCCAACGACUAUCACUGCCCUCUUCAAUCCUAUGCUUGGGCACAUGUCAGGUGCAUAUGCUGCACGGGUCUCCCGGGACCUAUCGCUCUGUUCCCGGUUCGAUUUUAACGUGUAUAGCUAUGAAAGCGAAUGGACGAUUGGAUCGGAGUGGUGGAUUCGGCAAAGCGGAAGAAGAGAUGGCUAUGAUUCAUCAAGCGAGCAUGACGCUACUGCGACCGGCAAUUACCCAGACACAGUGCAAGGCGUUGUGAAGGCACGCGCUUCUACCACCACGGACGUUUCGCUCAUGUGGGAAGGACGGAUUCAGAACUUGCUUGUAAGCUUGGGCGUCGUGUCAAAUCUAUCCAGUCGCUCCAAGCCGAUCAAAUCCAUCGGCCUCGAGCUGUCAUAUUUUAGUUCAUAA